CCUAUAAAAAUUCAGUUCCCUGUUGCUGAUCUCACACUCCUUCCUCCUCCUCCUCCAUUUGACCAUAAGUCGAACCCUGAACUAAAGGUGCAGGUAAGUGCUGCUCUUCAGUAAUUAUCUACAGACAAAAUACAAUCUUCAGUUAAACCCUUAAAAUUCAACAAAUUUCUGAGAGAGAGGUGUAGAGAUGUUUCGGAGCAAGUUGACCUGUCUUCUUCGAAGAAAUAAAACCGUUAACCCAUUCUCAAACAUUGGAACCUCCUCUUCUGCGUCUAGGGUGUCAAAUGAACCUUUUCGUCUCUCUCACAUCUUAUUAUUCUCAUCUAAAACUUCAUGUACAUCUUUCACCAGAAAUGCCGCUUUCUAUGGCUUCAGAUCCCUUCACAAGGGAUUUUCUUUUCCAUCUUCCAGGAGAAUGUGCACAGCUGCUUCUAUCUCUCCUUCAGCUAAGGAAGGAGUAAAGUUUCUAGUAACUGCAGGACCUCAUGCUCAGAAAAUGGUUGGGAUUUGGCUUUUUGGCUCUGCUGCUUGGGUGUUUAGUAUGGUGAUACUUGGUGGGGUUACACGACUGACCCGCUCCGGUUUAUCUAUGACUGACUGGAAAUUCACUGGUGGUCUCCCUCCUAUAUCUGACGAAGAAUGGCUGGUUGAAUUUGAAAAAUAUAAGCAGUCCCCUGAAUAUAAGCGAGUAAACAAAGGGAUGCAUGUUGAAGAUUUUAAAUUUAUAUAUUGGAUGGAAUACGCCCAUCGUAUGUGGGGAAGGGGUUUGGGUAUCAUGUUUGCUCUCCCAUUUUCUUAUUUUGUUCGUAAAGGAUACAUGACUGUCCAACUUGGUGUGAGACUCUCAGCACUAUUUGCACUUGGUGCGGGGCAGGGAUUAAUUGGCUGGUGGAUGGUUAAAAGUGGUUUAGAGGAACCUACUUCUGAAUAUGUGCAGCCAAGAGUGAGCCCUUACCGCCUUGCAGCUCAUCUUACAUCAGCAUUUGGUAUUUAUUGUGGCCUUCUCUGGACUGCUCUAUCAGUUGUCAUGCCUGAACCACCUAGUGAUACUGUAGCUUGGGUUCGUGGGGCUUCUAAAAUUAGGAGACUUGCCAUCCCUGUAAGCUUUGUUGUCGGAAUUACUGCAAUUUCAGGAGCCUUUGUUGCAGGGAAUGAUGCGGGUCAUGCUUUUAACACUUUCCCCAAGAUGGGCGAUACAUGGAUUCCAGAGGAUAUCUUGAGUAUGGAACCAAUAAUGCGCAACUUUUUUGAGAACACUGCUACUGUGCAGUUCGAUCACCGUAUUCUUGCAACUGCAACGUUGCUAUCAAUUGGUGGCUUAUGGUGGGCUACACGAAAACUUGACAUACAUCCUGCUAUACGCUCAUUAGUUGGGAGCACGGUGGGUAUGGCAGCUCUUCAGGUCACUUUGGGAGUAUCAACACUUCUAUCAUAUGUUCCAGUCUCACUUGGUACUGCCCAUCAAGCUGGAGCAUUGACUCUGUUAACACUUAUGAUAUUAUUGAGCCAUACAGUUAGAAAGCCAUCUCCAAUCCUUCUAAAAUCUUUAAGUUGUUCAGUUGCAAGGACAGCUAGUAAUGUCAUCAAGUCAUAGUUUCUGCUUCCUGUGAAAUUAUUGAUAAUUUUGUUAUAGCUGUUCGGAAUGUGAUCUAGCUUCAUAAAUUUUUCGAUAUCUCAGUAAUCAACCCACUGAUUGUAUAUUAUACGAGAGAAUAGUUUUCUUUCUUUUAUCACCCUGCUGUCUUGGGUUUCAUAUAUGUAAUAAGGGAUUUCUAUCCCAGUUUAUUAUUUUUUUCCGGUAGGAUCCAGGCUACUCUUUGGUUACUUUGCCUGUCGUUUGGGCAACAACAGCGAUGAUCCUUGUAAUCCACAUGUUAUUUAUUGA